AUGUCCUACCAACAGCAGCAGCAGUGCAAGCAGCCCUGCCAGCCACCUCCUGUGUUCACACCUAAGUGCCCUCAGCCAUGCCCACCUCCUAAGUGCCCUGAGCCCUGCCCACCUCCUAAGUGCCCUGAGCCUUGCCCACCUCCUCCCUGCCCACCUGUGCAGUGCCCACCUCCUCCCUGCCAGCAGAAGUGUCCACCCAAGAGCAAGUAA